CCGCGCUGUCACAAAGGCCCUCGAGCGUAUUCUCAUGUGUCUUUUGCCGUGUCUCGUCUUCUGCGGUCCGCCGUCGAGGCUGUAAGGCACUGCGCCUGCGGACGGAGCAGGGGAAGUUCUCGCGAGAGCUCCCGCGUUGGCUGAGGCUGGCCGUGGCUUUGCAGCAGACAGAGGGAGAAGGCAGGCAGGCAGCAUCAUGGCGGACAGAGACAGUGGAAGUGAGCAGGGAGGAGCAGCCACGGGCCCAGGCUUCGGUUCCAUGCACCUAGCGACAGGAGGGGCGGGCUCCGCUUCCGGGCUCCAGCACGAGACUCAAGAACUGGCGUCGAAGCGGGUUGACAUCCAAAACAAACGCUUCUAUUUGGACGUUAAGCAGAACGCGAAAGGCCGCUUCUUAAAGAUAGCAGAAGUCGGGGCCGGUGGAAACAAGAGCCGCCUUACUCUGUCCAUGUCCGUGGCGGUCGAGUUCCGAGACUACUUGGGGGACUUCAUCGAACAUUAUGCCCAACUGGGUCCUAGCAACCCGGGGAUGGUACAAGACGAGCCCCGGCGAGCACUCAAAAGCGAGUUCCUGGUCCGAGAAAAUCGGAAAUACUACAUGGAUCUGAAAGAGAACCAGAGGGGACGGUUUCUGAGGAUCCGACAGACCGUUAACCGGGGGCCCGGUUUGGGAUCUACGCAAGGCCAGACGAUUGCCUUGCCUGCCCAGGGACUUAUUGAGUUUCGUGACGCUUUGGCUAAACUUAUUGACGAUUACGGUGUAGAGGACGAACCUGCGGAGUUGCCCGAAGGGUCAUCAUUGACUGUGGACAACAAACGGUUUUUCUUCGACGUCGGGUCCAAUAAGUAUGGAGUGUUCAUGAGGGUAAGCGAGGUGAAGCCAACGUACCGCAACUCAAUUACGGUGCCCUUCAAAGUGUGGUCCAAAUUUGGGAAUACUUUCAGUAAAUAUGCCGAGGAGAUGAAGAAGAUCCAGGAGAAACAGCGGGAGAAAAGGGCAUGUGAGCUGCAGCAACAAGAGGAGAUGCAGGCGGACGAUGGGGACGAGGAUUGAUAUAGACAGCAUAAACAUUCAAGAGUAAUGAAAAUAACAAGAGAAAUAUAAUUAAAAACUCUACUGUAUAACGAAAGAAAUCUAAAGAUUUAACUGUAACGGUUUAACUCCAAGGGAGCAUCACCCACAAUAUAAGAAACCUCCACAACCUGACAGUUAUGACAUGUUGUCACUCAUCGCUGGAUGUUAUCCCACUUAUCCACCAUUAAUACAGUAACAGGCUGCUAAACAAAGUAAUAACAUUAUAUUUGAACAUUGUUUCCUACUUGACAAACAACAUUGAACUGAGUGUUUAUUUCCCUUAUUAACAGAAAACUUUUGUACCAGUUAAAGCUAUUGUAAAAAAAAAAAAAAAAAAAAGUGUUUGCAAUGUUCAAAUGGAAUUAUUGCCGAGUUCUGAGGAAAAAAAAGUUUCCUUUUCAUGUGAGCUAAUGACUUCAGCACAAAUCAGAUAUUUUAAUUUUUAAACCAAAAUUCUCAAAACUUUGUAAAAGGUUGUCACAUGUACUUGCCAUUCUAUUUACCUUUACCUGUGAGUAGAGAUGUGUUUACACAUGAAUCAUAUGAGGGCUAGGCCUGCUUUGGAAACUGGUUAGAUGUCAUGCAGUAUAAAAAGGAACAUAUAGGCAUUUUCAUAAAAUGAAAUAAGUGCUCUAUUUGUUGUGCAAUAUGCACUGCAUAAAAAUCAAAUAUAUUGAACUCUUGAAUGGAUCUUGACGUGAUGACAUUUUCCAGAGGCAUUCAAAGAAAUAUUAAUAUUGUAAUUUUUGUUUCAGUUGAAAUUGUUGCCAUGCAGAUGGAUAUAUUAUAGACUACCUUUGUGUCUCGUUGUUAAUGCAAUGUGUUCAUUUUAAAGGUACUCAAUGUGUAUUUGAUAGAGAAAUGCAGUGACAACAUGUAGCAAAUGGCCUGAAUUGCAGAUAACUUAACAAGACAAACACCCUACACAUACUGUGUUGAUGGGCUUUAUGGUCUAGAAAAAGAGGCAGAGCAUUGGUGGUUAGUACUUCUUAAACAGAAUAAUUUUGUAAACUUGUUGAGUCAUAAAAGUCUAAAUGGUGCCAAGGAGUGCUGUUGCUGCAUGUUAAUCUGCACUAAGAUAGAUUUCGUUGGUCUCCCAAAAUAUUGGCUCAAGGACCCUUCUAUAUGUAUCUUUAUCUGCCGAUAUUGUAUGAAUCUCAAGUUUGAGUAGUGAGUGAGCUCCAUCCAAAGGCUUGGUGUAGUUAUAGUGGAAGUCAGUGAUUGUAGAGGAAGCAUCUUUGCUAAAUUUCAAGCAUAAUGCCAUGGCAGUGUGGGGAGGGCUGCCCAGGAGCACACUUGGAGAAGUCGAGGAGGAGAGGGUUCAGGUGGCUUGGUGGUAAAACUCCAGAUGUGUGUCUGUGGAUGUGCCCAUGUGUUUUAUUUGAAGAUCAAAUGGUGUGAAGUUUAGAGGGUCUGCUUUGGAUAUAUACUCAUAGCUCUAUCUUAGAUUUGUAAGCCCAGAUAUCAAGCAGGGGGUGAUGAGAUUCAGUUUUGGUCUAAUUGUAAAUAUUUGGGCUGCCACACGGAAAACAACUGGUUCUGAUCCAGUUCAGUCGCAUCUCAUAGAUGUGUGAUAGCAGUUUUAUAAACUCUGUCAGUUAACUCCAGAGAAACUGGCAACAAUCAGAUAAUGUCAGAUUUACCUCAGCAUUGAAUUAAAUAAUUGCUCCCAUGUUUAGAUUGACUGGAAACCAGCAAACUAGACUGUCCUUGACCACCUAUUUUUGGAGCCUCUGGUAUUAGCCUAAAUGACACCUGUUUGGGAGCAUCCUCUUCAGCAUAUAAACAACCUGGUGCCUUACACACUCCGCAUGCUUACACGCUGGCCUGGUGCUUUGGAUUGCAGUUUGGCUUUUUUUCAUUAUUGCUUUCUCUUUCUUUUUUCCACUUUUGUGUCUCAGCCCCCUUGUGUGCUAGCGCACAACUCGUGGUGCUAAAAGGGUUUGUUACAAACUCUUAAGAAAAAACAAGAGCAGAAUUCUUAACUUUUUUCUGCUUCCUUCCUUCUUACCUUCCUACCUUCCUUCCUUCCUUCCCUAACCUCAUUGCCAUCCCCAUUCCACAGCCAUCCAGGUAUCGGCCUACAUGUAAACAUGGAAGGGGGUGGUCACCUAGAUGCAAGAUGAUGCAGAAGAGUUGGCUCUUCACUAGCCAAGUGCAUUAGCAGGGAGAGCAGGGGCUGACUGGGAACAUCGGUCAUGGCUUGAAAUGGUAUAAAUGAUUGUUGGCGAGCCCCCCUUAAAAUGCCCGUUCUUUGGCUUGGGUAGUUAUGUGUAAGUUGUAAGUCGCUCAAUUAAUGGGGAGUAGCAAGCAUGUCUUGUUUUGUUUAUGUUUUACGUAGUUUUACCUUUUCAGCGUUAUUCCACAUUAUUUGUAAUUUUGGAAUGUUUUCGCCCACAAAAAAUAUAUCUAUUUUUUCUGUGCAACAUUUCAUCACUGUGUGCAAUAUCGUAUGUGCCAAUGGUGGCAAUAUAUGUAUAUCAAUUAAAUAUAUGAUUACUAUUUGAAAGCAUGUGGCUGAAUUCCAUGUUUAUUUCUCAUGAAGGAGUUGUAUGCCUUUAUUUGCACUUAAAGCUCCAUUUUUGGAGAAAAAUAAGUAUAUAGUAAACCAAGGUCUUAGCAGCCUGUUGGGUCAAGCAGUUCACAUUAAUAACUUUAACUUGAAAUAGAACAAUGUCACUGCAAGUAUGUCUCUUUGUAAGGAAAGCUCGGCUUAAGAGUUGUUGAAAGAAGACAAAAAAGAACCAUAGUGGAGUUUUUAUGAAAUAGAAACUCUGCUGACAAACCAUGAAAUCUUCAUUUUAGCUUUAAGCUAAGAAAAGGUGCUUCAGUCCAAUCCUCAUUAAGGUGUAUGGUGAACUGUCUUCAGUGGUUGUUGUGUGUAGCACUUUGCUUUCCCAGGUUAAUAAAAUGCCUGACCAAUACUUGUUUAAAAUGAUCUCAACAAAGAAUGUCAUUCUCUCUUUUGUUGCCUCUUUUUCAAAGAGGGUAUUUGAUUUGCUCAUUUGGUUUUGAUGCAUUAAAUAUAAUUUAUGUACAUUUACAAAUUUUAAAAAUAAAUUUAAUUUACCCAUGAGGGAAAAUCUA